GUUCUUCCUUCUACAUAAUGUCUUAGAAACAUGUUCAAAUAAGGGCAUGGUGCCACUCUGAGGGUUUGGCCGUGUUCAGACUCUCUAUAAAAAUGCCACGUCCUUCUGACUGUAUUCACUGCGACAGCACCUUGCACUGAGAAGGAAACAGAGUCAACAGCACCUGAAAGACGCUUUUCUCCACCGAAGCAGGGUUUCUAGAUCCUGUUGGCAGCGGCAGUGAAGAUGGCUGUCCUGUGCUGGAUGGCUGUAACGCUGGGCGUGUUGCUGUCUGCUGGAAACUGUUUGGCUGUGAGCGAGCAACAACUUGCAGGAAUUGUAAAAGAGAUCUUGAACAGGUACAGACCAAUCUACCUGGGCAGCAAGGGUCAAAGAAGAGAACCCAUGUUCAGUCUGGUUGUAAGCAUCCCAUACGACAGUGACAAGAAGAUGUAUGACACCAGUAAAGUCACUGACACUGGUGACCAAGUGUGGCAAAGUAUUUUGAAGAAAUGUGACGUGUACACCAGCAAGAGGAUGGUUGCAGCUACAGUUCUGAGAUGGCCCAAUGUUUUGGAUCAGUGUCCAAAAGGACCUGUGCGGUGGGAUGAUGUUCUGACACAAUGUGGUAAACCGUCUAUGACAUGGGCUGAUGUUGAUGCACAGUGCCCUGGAGAAGUUGAAGAUGGUAGAGCUGAUCAUGCUGAGUACCGUGUUCUACAACAUUUUGACACCUUAGUCAGCAAUCUUGACGAAAAUGAUUUGUUGCUUUUCUACGUUCUUGCUUCCCCAUGUGAUCAAAUGUGUACAAGCGAAACAAGUCCAUGGAGCAUCCUCAAAAGCAUUAAACAGAUUCAGAAGUGGAAAAACUAUGCGGUUGUGUUUUCCAACGUAUUCAAGCCCCGUGAUAGUGAAUCCAUACCUGACGAGGACCUACGUGGAGCCAUUGAGCGGCUCGGGCAAUCAGUUGGUCUGAGAAACAUAUUCCGUUGCAAAGUAAAAGGUGCAGGGCAAUGCACAAGCUGCUCUAAUGGUAAUCAAGUUGCACGCUAUUGUUUUUCAAGCGAUUCAAAACCUGGUCCCAGCCAAAACCUGCCCUCCACUUCAGUCAUACAGCCUCAACGUGGCCGAAGUAAUUCCCCCUCACACAGUCGUCAGGGUAGCAGAGGCAGACAAAGCAGCAAUAUUAAUCCAAGCGCAGGGGUUUCCACAAAUGUUGAUAGUAAUACAGGAGGAGGUCAGGGUGGCAGCGGCAGACAAAGCAGCAAUAUUAAUCCAAGCGCAGGGGUUUCCACAAAUGUUGAUAGUAAUACAGGUAAAGGUCAGGGUGGCAGAGGCAAAGUCAGAAAAGUGGGUUCGCGCAGAGUAGGGAACAAACGCAGAGGUGGGGGGAACAAGCAGACAAAUAAGAAGAAGAAGAAGAAGAAGAAAACGCAAAACAAAGGGGCAACACAAUGGAACCAGGAGGUACAGGGGAGGGCUCAAAAGCAGACUGAGAAGAGGCAGAAGGGUAAGCAGCCACAGAGGAAGGGGGGAACGCAGAGGGGUAAAGAAAUGAUGAGAAUCAAUCAGCCACUGAGGAGGGGGACAAAGCAGAAGAAGGGGUAAACACAGACGAGUUAGCAGGAGCAGAGGAGGAGGGAGGUGUAGAGGACAGUGCAGGCCAAGCAUUCAGUGGCAACUUUGCACACUGGACAGUUUUUGCUACCCUGUGAUACACACUUUGGUCUGUGUGAGUGUGUAAAGAGAUCAUUUUCAUUUAGUUUCAAAUGUAUUAAUUAACAAAAAGAAGUUUGAUGUAAAUCAAGCUCAGUGUUUGCAGCCCUUCUGUAAAGUAUUACCAAAUCCUCUGAUGUUCUGCUCUUUCUGAUUAAAGCUUCGCUCAGCAUCCA